GAGAUGCCUGAUGGAUUUCUCUCGGAGACACAGGUUGUUAGCACGAUGAUGUCGAAGCUUCAGCAGUUUGCGAAGAGGUACUCCUCGCACGUGUGGAUCGUGGUCCAUCCCACGAAGGGCUCGCAACUCGCGGGCAACGAGCCGUCGAUGUACGACUGUUGCGGCAGCGCGCAUUGGUUCAACAAGUGUGACAACGGGAUCAUCGUGAGACGGCCCUUUGCAAAGAGUUGGGCGCAGCAGAUGCAGACAUCGACUGGAAGUUCCCGCCAGGUCGACAUUAAGGUGGACAAGGUCCGCAACUGCUAUGCCGGCCAUCUGGGGACAGCGAAGCUGAUUUUCAACCCCGAGACACGGGGUUAUGAAGAGCUGCAGAUCAGUGGUUGA